AUGCGACUUUGGAGCGCUGGAUUGACCUCGCCCACUCGAGACGCCGCCGACCUAGAAAACCAACGCUUGCUUUCGCCUGCCACCAGAGCCAGCUUCGAGAUGGAGGAUGUCAAUGACAAAAUCAAAGGUCCUUCUCAUGCGCCACCAUACGAACCUGCUCUCAGCGAUGAGGUCUCCCUCGGAAAGGGCGACUUGCUCAGUCUGGAAAGCUUGGAUCCGGUCUUGAAUGCAAAAAUGCACUUGAUCAACAACGCGAUUGACGAGAUUGGCAUGACGGGAUAUCAAUGGCGACUCUUUUGCCUCAAUGGCUUUGGCUACGCGGUCGAUUCGCUCAUUCUGCUCAUCCAGUCCAUCAUCGCGACGCAGGCAGCGUACGAAUUUAAUCCGGGCUUCAAAAACGGAAUGACAAUAGCCGCGUACGUGGGAAUGUUGAUCGGAGCGCUCUUCUGGGGACUUUCUGCCGAUGUCAUUGGACGCAAAUAUGCCUUCAAUGUCUCGCUGCUGAUCUGCUCCAUCUUCUCCAUUGUUGCAGGAGCUUCGCCAAACUGGAUUGUUCUGGGCUUGUUCGUCUGUCUCUCGGCCUUUGGAGCGGGUGGAAAUCUCGUCCUCGAUACCGCGGUCUUUUUGGAAUAUCUUCCUUCGAAGAAUGCAUACCUCGUCACUCUCAUGGCUGCUUGGUGGGGUGUUGGACAACUCAUCGCAGGACUAUUCGCGUGGGCAUACAUGCCCAACUACUCUUGUGGCGACCCUGCCGAGACGGGCAUUGCUUGCAACUGGGACAAUAACGCUGGCUGGCGCUACGUCUGGUUCACCUCGGGUGCUUUUGUCUUUGUCCUGAGCAUUGCUCGAGUUACUGUUCUUCGACUCCGCGAGACCCCCAAAUACUUGGUCGGCGAAGGCCGGGAUGAAGAAGUCGUGGAAACCCUUCAGUUCAUCGCCAGGAAAUACAACAGAGACUGCAGCCUGACCAUUGAGACCAUGCAGGCAUGCGGUGUCACCGGCGCUGCUACUAACACAGUCAAGCAGGGCGGCAAGCGCUUCCAUUUCUCCUUUGCUGAUGUCGGUCGUCAUGUCAAAAGUCUCUUUUCUUCCCGAAGAUUGGCACUGAGCACCUCACUCAUCUGGUUUUCCUGGGUCCUCAUUGGUCUAGCCUAUCCGCUAUACAAUGUCUUCCUACCGCAAUAUAUCGCAACCAGAGGUGUUGAGCUUGGUGGCCUCAGCGACAACGACAGAUGGCGGAACUACGCCAUCACCAACUUGUGCAGCAUACCCUCCCCGAUCUUGGCAGCCUUGAUGUGCAAGUCCAGGUUCUUCUGGGGCAGAAGAGGAACCAUGAUCAUCGGUGCACUGCUCACCAUGAUCUUCUUCUUCGCUUACACGCAAGUCUCAUCAAAUGCCGGGAACUUGGGCUAUACCUGUGCUAUCAGUUUCUGUCUCGUAAGUUUCCCCAUUUCAUUUCCGUCCGUUCUCCAUAUAGCAGCAUGUAUCCACUUCUGGAAAUUCACUUGCAUUGCGCAAUGUCGGGAUCCAAGCCACAAAUUUCACGGUGAUCUCCAAAAUGUCUGGGUGGCGAGCCUCAGCCGCAUCCCCUUACAGGAUGCCCAAACGCGACAAACCACUGGAUUCUCGCAACGACUUUUUGCAGUGAUUUGA